AUGUUUUUCUACGGUGAUUCCAAUUCCAGAAUGUUCUACGACAGAGUCAAGUCAAAAAUGGUGUGUCAGGAAAGUACGCUAGCUAAAGACGAAGAGCUCAAGCACUCGCGGAAAUUUUGUGAAAACAGGAAGAACAAUAUUACAAUUCUCAACCGGUAUCAUGGAAGUCCAUUCAACAUUGCUUGGGGAAGGUACAUGGUCACUUCUGCACUGUACUCACCUCAGAGACUGUUUGACACAAUUCCGUCACAAGGCCGUUAUUUCAUCAGUUUCAACCACUACCUUCACUUUGUCGCCCAUCACGUCAGCGUCUACGAGAGAGCUCUGAGAGCCUUGCGUGAUGAAAUAGUCAGGCUGUUGGAGCGAAACCCACAAGGGAUAAUACUGUUACGGGGGCCUCAUGUUUCCAAGCGAGAGCCUGAAGAUUAUUGCGUAGGUGAUGUCCUGGCUCAGCAUCUAAUUACAAUACAAAAGGAGACGUUCAGGGAUCUCCAAGAUCGUAUUAUCUACUUCCCAACAUGGGACAUAACUGUGGCGUCUGAAGAUACGGACCUUCAUCCCGGGUGCAAUAGUCAUUUAUUCGAUUUAAUGCUGCAUUUUGUGUGUGGCAGGGAUCAAUGA